UAGAAAUCGAAAGUAUUUUUCAGCUUUCACGAGCAGCUCGAAGUUACACCACAGUGCAACUGAAGAACAAAUUCAUGAAUCUCCUGCUUAACUUCCCAUAAGACUCAGAGACACACUUUCUCACACUAGGUUAUAUUAUAGUUUACACCUCAAUAAUGGAAGGAGAUCCUGAGGGUCCAAAAGAAGGUUUGAAUGUGGUGUUGCUGGGGAAAACAGGAGCUGGGAAGAGUGCAACCGGCAACACAAUCCUGGGACGAAAAGCUUUCACAUCGAUGAAAUGCCCCUCUUCUGUCACACAAGAUGUUGCUGUUGAAUCUGGAACUGUCUGUGGAUUACCGGUCACGGUUUAUGACACACCAGGAUUCUGUGACACUGAAAAGAGUGACGAUGAGAUCCAGCAGAUAUAUCAGUGUGUUUUCCAGAAAUGUGGAUCAGGUCCGUGUGUGUUUCUGCUGGUCAUCAAAGCUGACAGAUUCACUAAAGAAGAGAGAGAAACGGUGGAGAAGAUUGAGGAGCUGUUGGGACAAAACCGUCUGCAGAACACCUGGAUUCUCUUCACCAGAGGAGAUGAACUGGAAGAAGAAAACAUGACGAUAGAUGAUUUCAUUAAACAGACCGAACCCUUGAAGAAACAAAUUCAGAAAUAUGAGGGCAGAUACCACGUGUUCAACAACAACAGAAAAAUACCAAGUAAACAAGUUAAAAUACUGCUGAAUAAGGUUUAUAAACUAUAUAAAGAUCUUAAUAAAAUGGUAUCAACAGGGCUUGAAAAACUGAAACUGACUCCUAGAAACAACAUAAAUAAUCCUGUCGAGAGUCUUCCGGACAGAAGAAUUGUUCUCCUGGGGAAGAGUGGUGUUGGAAAGAGUGCCGCUGGAAACACAAUACUGGGACAGAAAGUGUUUAAAUCUGAGAUGAGACUGAGUUCAGUGACCAGACAAUCCUCAAAGAAACGAGUCACUGUUUCAGGCAGAAAUGUGUCUGUAGUUGAUACACCUGGAUUAUUUGAUACAGACAUGAAUCAUGAAGAUUUAGUGACAGAGAUCACGAGAAGUGUUUAUUUAUCCAGUCCUGGACCGCACGCUUUUAUCAUCGUGUUUCCUGUGAAUAUGAGAUUCACUGAACAUGAACAACAGAUUCCUCAGAAGAUUGAAACACUGUUUGGAGAGGAAGUGUUGAAAUACUCCAUCAUUCUCUUCACUCAUGGAGAUCUGUUGAAAGAACAGAGUUUAGAUAAACUCAUUAAUAAAAGCAGUAAAUUAAGAUCUCUAGUUGAUCAGUGUGGAGGCGGAUAUCAUGUGUUUAAUAAUAAAGAGCUGAAUAACAGAGAUCAGGUGACUGAACUACUGCAGAAGAUUGACACAAUGAUACAGCAGAAUGGAGGAGGACAUUACACUAAUCAGAUGUAUCAAGAUGCUCUCAGAUUUAAACAAGAGGAGGAAGAGAAGAGACAGAGAGAGGAAGAGGAGAGGAGACAACAGGAAGAGAGACAAAGAGAAAAGGAGACUCCGAGAAUGAGGAAGGAGAGAGAGGAAAGAGCCGGAGCUGAGUUUGAAGCUAAACGAAAGAGAGAUGAAGAACAGAGAAAACAAGAUAACAGUGGAUUUAAAAACUUCUAUUCCAAAUAUCAAGCUCAUUUGUCUAUAGCAGCAGCUGCUGUUGGACUUGCUGCUGGUGUUGUUACUGGUGUUGUACCUGUUGCUGCUGCUGGUGUUGUUGCAGUUGUUGCGGCUGUUGCUGUUGUUGGAGCUGUUCUAGUCAAUGCUGAGCACAGACAUCAGGAUUGACAGGAGCAGAAGGAUAAAUAACAGCACUGAUCUGAUAUAUACAUACAAUAUAUUCACAGAUUAUCUAAAACAUUAUGAUCACUCACAGAUGAAGUGAAUAACGUGAUCAUCUGCUAACAAGGCCACAUAGUUUAGAUAAACUCAUUAAUAAAAGCAGUAAAUUAAGAUCUGUAGUUGAUCAGUGUGGAGGCAGAUAUCAUGUGUUUAAUAAUGAAGAUCUGAAUAACAGAGAUCAGGUGACUGAACUACUGCAGAAGAUUGACACAAUGAUACAGCAGAAUGGAGGAGGACAUUACACUAAUCAGAUGUAUCAAGAUGCUCAGAGAUUUAAACCAGAGGAAGAGAGGAGACAGAUAGAGGAAGAGAGGAGAUGGAGAGAGGAAGUGAUGGGACAGAAGUGCACAAUACAAUAAGCUGUUCUCAGAGUUCACUCAUGGAGAUCUGUUGAGAGGACGGAGUAUUGAUGAACUCAUUAAUAAAAGCAGUGCUUUAAGAUCUGUAGUUGAUCAGUGUGGAGGCAGAUAUCACGUGUUUAAUAAUGAAGAGCUGAAUAACAGAGAUCAGGUGACUGAACUACUGCAGAAGAUUGACACAAUGAUACAGCAGAAUGGAGGAGGACAUUACACUCAUCAGCAUACAUGCAAUAAGUACAUUUAAAAUAUUUUACAAAACUUUAAUAAACAGCAUGUAGAACAAUAAAGUGAAAAUGUAUAAUUAAUGUUAAAUACACUAGGCAUUAAAAACAAUAAUAUAUUCAUGUUUAUACCCAUUGUAUUAUUAAAAGGAUAGUUCACCCAAAAAUGAAACAUCUCUCAUUUACUCGCCCUCAUACCAGUUGUGUUUCAGCUCUGUUGGUCCAAUCUGUUCAAGUAAAUAGUGGCCAGAACCUUAAAAAAGCACAUAAAGGCAGCUUAAAAGUAAUGCAUAAGAUUCCAGUGGUUUAAUUCAUGUCUUUUAUUGUUAUUUAAAAAAUGGGGUCAUAUGGAUGACUUUAUUGCUGCGUUUAUUUGCUGUUUGGAGCUUCAAAGGUCUGGUCACCAUUCACUUGCAUUGUAUGGACACACAGAUCUGAAAUAUUCUUCUAAAAAUCUUCAUUUGUGUUCUACAGAAGAAAGAAAGUCAAACACAUCUGGGAUAACCCGAGGGUGAGUAAAUUAUGAGAGAAAUUUAGUUUUUGGGUGAACUAUCCCUUUAAAUCUUAUAAUUAAUCUAUUACAAUAUAUAUAUUUAUAAUUAAUAAUGAAUUAAUUAAAUCCAUAAGGCAAAUUAAAAUAAGAAUUAAAAAUGGUUUUGCCGAGUAUAGGAUGUGGGGAAUGAUGCCGUGACAUCUCAGCCUGGAGAUACACCACCAUAUUUGUUCCUACAAAAAGACAAUAAAAACAAAAAGCAUAAAUGUUAAAGACCAUAAUGUUAGCAAUCUAACAGUCAUCAGAAUUCUGUAAGCGUGGUUAAUAAAUGUAAAUGUUUCUGUGCACUGCCUGGUACGGCAAUAGCACCGCCCACAACUGCAAAGCCCUGCAAAAGGUGGUGCGAAAUGCCAGAAACAUCAUCGGAGGUGAGCUUCCCUCCCUCCAGGACAUAUAUAACAGGCGGUGUGUGAAAAAAGCUCGGAGGAUCAUCAGAGACUCCAGCCACCCGAGUCAUGGUCUGUUCUCACUGCUACCAUCAGGCAGGCGGUAUCGCAGCAUCAGGACCCGCACCAGCCGACUACAUGACAGCUUCUUCCCCCAAGCAGUCAGACUGUUGAACACUUGAUCUAUCACGAUACAUAUAUCAGCACUGCACUUUAUUAAUCUAUAAUCUCACACUGGACUGUCAACAUAUUCUCCUCAAUACAACUGCUAUAUAUAUAUCAUAUACUCCCACUUAUUGUGUAUUCUAUAUUGUGUGUAUUGUUUACUGUACAUUGUAUAUAAUUAUUGUGUUGUGUAAGUAUGUGUACAUUUGAUAUGUAAAUUAGUAGUGUGACAAUAAAGUGAUUUGAUUUGAGUGAUUUAAUUUUGAUUUGAUUGAUUUGAGACUGUCAGUCCAUGAGUCAUUAUACGAAAACGUGCCAUUUCCCACUUUUAAUGUUUGAUUUUCAAAGUACUGUUUUGAAAAUCUUUAAGCCCCUUUUUGGAUGAAGUAGAUCCUUACCACUCAGGAAAAUGUGCCGUGCCAUCUCAGGCUAUCUUAUUUUUUAUUUUUUUUUCAUAUAACCAAUGUAAAUGUGUGUGUUUGGUCAACCCUGUUACCGACAUA